AUGGGUGGCCACGAGCUCCGCCGAGUGGUACGGUGCGAAGAGCGUGUCUCUUGCUACUCAGCGCGAAGGUGGCCGCGGGCGCGCUUGACGGCGUCCGCGGGGUCGAGCGGAGUGGGCGGCGCGGCGGCGGCGGACCACGACCGGAGCUACACGGAGGCGGUGCAGGCCGGCUGCGCGCGAGCCCACACAGACGCGACGGGACAGGCCGGCUGCACGCGAGCAUGCGCGGACCAGCCAGCCGGCGCGGGGAGGCGGGCGUUGAAGGCCGUGGCGGAGGCUGCGGCGAAGGCCGCCGCCGCCGGCGAGAAGAGGAAGACGUACAUCGUCCAGAUGGCCAAGUCGGCGAUGCCGGCCAAGUACGCGGACUACGCCGAGUGGUACGACGCGUCGCUGCGCUCCAUGUCCUGUUCCUCCCCCGUCUCCGGCUCCGCCGCCAAGAUGCCAUCAAACCGGAGGCCCGAGUUCUUUGGCAUCGCCGGCGCCCCGCGGGGACGGCGGCGGCCAUCUCCGGGCGGACGCGGCGUCGAGCUGCCUGCGCCGAGGGUCAGGCGCACGGGAUCUACGCGGUAG